CAUUUGUUUCUCUCGCAGUCUCUACUUAGAGAGCACUAUACCUUCCUCUGAAAAUGGCGAAACUCUCUGAAACUUCAUCUAAACUUGUCAUCUUCUUCACCAUUUGCAGCCUCUUCGUCAGUCAAUCCACGGCGGCUUACUCCAUCGGCGUCAACUACGGCACGGUGGCCGACAACCUCCCGCCACCGUCCCAAGUCGCCUCCUUCAUCAAAGACCAAACCACCAUCGACAGAGUCAAGAUCUUCGACGCCAACCCCGACAUCCUCCGCGGCUUCGCCAACUCCGACAUCUACGUCACCGUCACCGUCGCCAACUCCGACAUCCCCGCCGUCUCCAAACUCUCCGCCGCCGUGUCCUGGGUGGCUAACAACAUCCUCCCCUUCUACCCCACCACCAAAAUCCACCGCAUCGCCGUCGGGAACGAAGUCAUCGCCACCGCCGACAAAACCCUCAUCGCCCACCUCCUCCCCGCCAUGAAAUCUCUCCACGCCGCCCUCAAUCUCGCCGGAAUAUCCAGCAUUCAGGUCUCCACACCUCAUUCACUAGGUAUAUUAUCAAGCUCGGAGCCACCCAGUUCGGGUCGGUUCAGACGGGUUUACGACCGGGUCAUAUUCGCCCCAAUCCUUGAAUUCCAUCGCCAAACAAACACGCCCUUCAUGGUCUGCCCAUACCCGUUUUUCGGGUUCACACCGAAUACUCUGGACUACGCUCUGUUCAAGCCAAACGGCGGCGUUUUUGACCACGCUACAGGGAUGAACUACACGAACAUGUUUGAUGCACAGUUGGAUGCGAUUUACUCGGCGAUGAAAAGGCUGGGGUACGAUGACGUGGACAUCGUGGUGGCGGAGACCGGGUGGCCGUCGGCCGGUGACCCGGACCAGACGGGUGUGAAUAUGGAUAAUGCGGUGUCGUAUAAUGGGAACCUCAUCAGGCACGUGUGCUCAGGCGAAGGCACGCCGUUGAUGCCUAACAGGACGUUUGAGACGUACGUUUUCUCGCUGUUCAAUGAGGAUCUCAAGCCCUCGACUUCGGAGCGGAACUUCGGGUUGUUCCGGCCCGAUUUGUCACCGGUUUACGACGUGGGCAUUCUGCGUAAUGGACAGAGCGGUGGUACCACACCUACAAUGCCUACGGCGAUGGCUCCGUCACCGUCCGAUUCAAUCAAGAAGUGGUGUAUACCGAAUGAGGAUGCGAGCGACGAAGCAUUGCAGGCGAACAUAGACUUUGUGUGCAGCAGCUCCGGUGGGGUGGACUGCAGCCCAAUAGAAGAGGGUGGGCAAUGUUUCGAUCCAAACACCGUCCGAUCGCAUGCAUCAUUUGCGAUGAACGCUUACUAUCAGGCUAACGGUGGAAACAAUUUCGACUGUGAUUUCAUCAAUACCGGAGUCGUCACCGUGGCCGACCCCAGUUAUGGGGAAUGCAGGUACGCGGCUUGAAAGCAAGCAAGUAGUAUAGAGAGGUGUGAAGAGUCGGUGGCGGAGGUUGCUCAAUGAUCAUUUGUUCCUAAGCAUAAGCACAAAUGUUUUUUCUGUGCUCUCUCUCUCUCUCUCCGAGUCUCAGAGUUUAAUUUAUGUGUAGAGUUGUGCAUCAUUAUUUUAUUUUGUUUUUUACAGCGGGGAAUGAUCAGCGGAGUUGGGUAAUUAGAAUGUGUGUUUUUUGUCUUUUGGAUUUAAAAGGUGAGUGGUCCAUGCAUGCAUGUGUAUAAUUUUAAAGAUUAUAUGGCUUCAUGC